UCGUGCUCAAGGUAAUAUCAAAUAACAUUCAUCAUAAUGACAGUCAUAGGAUAGAUAGUUAUAUCAGUUAUCCGUCUUACCGAACACAUACGUUGUCGCGACAUGGUUUAAACGAGAUUAAUUAUUAUACGUGAAUGAUACAAAAUUACGCACAUUGUUUGUUCUUACACUUAAGUGUGUACUUAAGAAACGUUGAAUAUAUUGAAUGAGAUGUGUUUAAUUGUUUGAAUAUGACAACAUUAAAAUUAAUUGUUAAACCCAAAUUCAUCUACACGCUGAUUACCUAAAUUUUCUCUAAAACGUAACUAAAAUAGCAUAUGCAAUAAGCUUCUACUUUAUGUUUUCUAGUUAUUAAACAGUCAAUAGACAGUUUUCGAACCCAUUAAAAAGUAUCACCAGUAACCACUAAUUGACAUGUAUGACAUUUCAAGUGUCAUUUAUCGUAUAUCCCUACCGAUACCCUCCGCUAUCUUACGGACGAGAGACAUAGCCAUAAACAUAGCGAAACGCAUACGCAUUAAUGUUGUUUACAUUAUUGUCAAAUAAUAAUAAUUCAUAAUUCAAGUUUAUUUAGUCUCCUUUUGCCUGAAACAGUAAGAAUAAAUUUGUGUUUUUUUUUAAUUUUGUGACAAUGACCACGACCAACAAUCUAAAUUUCAGUGUCUUGACAAAAUUCAAGAGAAGUAGGGUUAGAUUUAAUGAUGAAGAUGACCAAAUACUUCUAAUGGACAUCCUAGCUAAUAAUCCCUAUAUUGAUUCAGCAAAAUAGAACAUCAUACACAAAUUUUUGUCAAUUUACAGGAAAAGAUAUUACUUUAAGAGGAAUGAAGGAACAUGUAAAUUACAUUCUAAAAAAUUUUGAGAGGAAAGAAAAGGAAAAUAGAGCUCGAUCAGGAGUUGAGGAAAUAUAUACUGGCUUAGAUGGAUUAUUGCAAGAAGUUUUAGAACUUAUUAACGGCAUUCUAAAAGAAAAAGAAAUUAUUAAAAAAGAGGCCAAGAAUUCUGAGAAAGGCAAAUUGUUGAGGGAGGGUUUAACACAACAAAUUUAUAAAUUGCAUAAACACGCAGUUAUAGACCCAAGACCAUCUUCAUCUUCUCCAUAUCAGGAACAGCAAGAAUUUGAUUGGGCCCCAAGCAAUCCUAAUAUUGAAUAUAUGUUUGGAGAAGAGAGUGCUACAAUUCCAAAUAAACCUCAAUCUCCAAUUAAUAUUGAAUCUCCAAUACCAAUAAAGGAUCACCCCUUGGAUCACCCAGUAAUUAAUGAAUUUCACAGAGAAGGCCAAUCAAACAUUCAAGGCCCAAGUCGUAAAAGAAAAAGCAGAGUAGUACAAAAAAAAAUUUAAAAAGAAUACUUCACCAUUUUUGGAGGAAAAAAAUAAUGCCAAACUGAAAAUUAGAAUAAAUGAAUUGCAAAUCGAGGAAAAAAAACAACAAAUAGAAUCAGAAAAGUUGGGAAUGGAAAAACAAAGACUGGCUUUUGAGCAGGAAAAGUUUGCCAUAGAGAAAGAAGAAAGGCAGGCUUUGAUGCACCUAUUAAAAACCCAACAGGCACUUGUAAAUGACCUUUUAAAAAAGGUUUUACAAAAAUAGGUACUAGAUAAGGAUAAGCCUUUAGCUCUCAAUUUUUUAUACAUAUGUGAAUGUUCCUUUUUUUUUUUGAGAAUUGACAAAAAUUAUUAUGUAAAAUGAAUCCAUUUGCAGGCAUUAACCUAUUUUUGUUUUGUAAAUUAGAGGUUUAUGUUAAGUUUUUUUGCAUUUUACAACUGUUAAUGUAUUGAAGAUAAUUUAAUAUAAAUUUAGUUUAA